GAAGAGAAAAGAUAAAAAUGUAUAUUUUUCGCCUGACAAAAAUUACGUAAUGAGAAAUUUUUAUAACAACAAACUAAAUACGAAAUGUGAACGAGAGAAAAGCGGCAAGAUACAUUCAGUUAACAACACGAAUCGAUCGGCGGACGACACAUACGAGCGUUUUGCGAACAAAAUUUCGACCCGAACGAGAUAGAACACCUAUAGAAUAAGCAUUUUCAGAAUGUAUCUGCUGCUGACGGGAUCGAAAUACUAAUUGAAUCUACAACUUUAAUAACAAACGAGUAUAUCUUUAUCGUAAAUACGAGUAUAUCAUUUUUAUGAUGAUAAUUAAAUUAUUAUAAUGACAAGAAUGAUAAAUUAAAAUGUCACAAACAAAACAUGACAACAGUCCACGGUCUUCGGUUAAAAGUGCUCCGAACCAAAUUCCAUCAUCUGGCGGUGGUUCGUUGAGUAUGGAAGAAACUCUUCCCAAGUGUAAAAGUGAAUUAGAUUUAGUUAAGAAUAGGAGCAAUUUGUUUCUCAUCAAAUCCUAUAGUUUCAUUGAUAAGUCAUCAAGGUAUAGAAAUUCUAAUAAAAAUCAUCAUCAUAACAACGACAACAGUGACGUGCUAAAUCUCAUUGAAUUGUCAAAGAUGAAAUCGAAAUCGGGUACAACUUCCGCGGCGAAUGUAGAUUCUUCGACAAAUUAUGACGAUUUGUUGUUAUUGCGAAGAAAGAGUGGUAAUGGCGAAAGGUUAGUACGUCCGAAAUCACUGCCAUCAUCGGGUAAUAGUAUCAAACGUGAAUCGUUUUUAAGGCAAAGCUUUCAGAGCAUUCGAAGGAGUUUUACUAAAAAAUCAUCAUCAUCAUCGGCGGGAGGUGGUGGUGGUGCAUUAGCAAGUGUUGUGUUAAGUUCGUCAUCAAGUGGCGGUAGUGAAAGAACUAAUUGCGAGAGUGAUUUUGAAGUUGUCGAAGUGAAUGGCGGUAGUGUUAGAACGCGAAGUAUUCUGGGCGAUUUAAAAGAAGAGGAAGAUGAGUCUCGCACUUCGAAGGGUAGCAGUAUUCGGGCCAAAAAGGCGGUAAAUAGAUCUACAAGCAGCGUUAGCACACUUUCACAUUCAGCACCUGGAUCUCCUAUGGCACCAUUGCAAGGGCACUCAGAAACACAAAGUGUAAAUUGUUUAAACGAUAUUGGCAAAAAUAGUUCUAGUCCUUUAAGCUUAACACAAUCGAAUAGCACAAUUCCGUUCACAAUUGCAUCCAAGGGGGAUAACAAAGCAUUGAGGCAAACUAAUUCAACCACAUUGCCCCUGGUGUCAUCUUCGGCAAACCUUCGAAGUCUAAGUCCCCACUCAAAAGUCACCAUCGUGUCGAAAAAUGAUGUUGCGCAGAAGGAAGAAAAAAAGAGAAAAGAAGUAUCCAGCUCUAGAUUGAAGAAAUUCCAUCGACAUUUCACACAAGUCUCAAAAGAUGAACGAGUUAUUAACUAUUUCUCAUGUGCACUAGUCAGUGAUAUUCUAUUGCAAGGACAUCUUUACAUUACAGAUCAUCAUUUUGCAUUUUAUUCAAAUGUUUUUGGUUAUGUUACUAAGGUUGUCAUUCCAACAUCAUCGGUUACUAAAAUCUCUAAAGAAAAAGUAGCAAAAAUCAUACCAAAUGCUGUUGGAGUGGCCACUGCUGAUGAGCGUCAUGUCUUCGGUAGUUUCCUUAGCCGAGAAUCAGCCUUUCGACUGAUGUGCAGCGUUUGUCCAACCGAAACACCAGCUCCAUUGAUUCAAAAAGCCCUUCCCGACGUCGAGAUAUCUGAAGAGUGUUCGAUUGAGGAUGACAGUAGUUGUUCCAUUAGUGGCAAUGAAAGUCCACCUCAAGCCCUAAUUGCUGGAAGGCCUUUAACCGCAUCGGAAUCAAGUCACACAUUAUUACGUCGAACAGGCACAGGCGGCAAAGGCACUCGAUCAGAUUCCCCAAAUGCCAAAAACUCUUCCACCGGCACAUUAGGAAAAACUCGAACAGCGCCACCUAUCCCAAGCACAAACACCACAACCACCAAUACAUCAAGUAAAAAUCAACAACAAGCAUGUUCUUCUUCUUCAGCAACAUCUUGUGCUUCGUCCAACUCAUCACUUCCUACGGCUACAUUAGUUGGUGUUGGUGGUGUUAGUACUAUUGUUGGUCCAUCAUCAUCAUCAACCAUUAUAACAUCAACUUCCUCAACUUCAUCAGCAUCAUCUGUUGGUAAUGGUCAAACAUCAUCCUCAUCAUCUUCACCAAAUACUGUGGUGUUUUCUCCAUCGACUGCAUUUAAAGCAUUUUCAAAGAGCGCAAUUGUACGUUUGAAAUUUCCCACAGAAUUCAAUGUAGUUUAUAUGGGUGUGGUGCUGUCACUUAUUUUGGCCAUAUUCUCGGGAUUCCUACUUUACAGAAUAUUGGAUAUUGAGGCCAAAACUAGUUUAUAUCGAUCUACAGUAGAAUUUAAUUGGGGAUCUGGAAAUGAUGCUGAUGUUUUUGCCGAAGCUCUUCGAUGGCAGAAGGAAUUGCAGUCAAAAAGCACAGAAGAAGCUCAGAAUAUAUUACACUCAAAUUUGCAACAGAUUGCCAAGGUCCGACGAAGUUUAGAGACCCUUUCCAUGUUGAUCCAUGACAGAAGUUCAUCAGCAUCCUCCACUAGUAAGUCUGAAGGAGAUGUUGACCGAGAUGACACUGACUGAAAUAGCUAAAAGCUAAUUUAAUCUAAGAUUUAAAAAAAAAAAAUCAGCAACAAACUUAGUAAAUAAUUUAAGCAAAAUAUUUAGUUAAAAAAAAAUACCAACAAACAAAAAAAAGAAAAAAUAUCCAUUAAUAUAAUUAUGAUACAAAUUAUAAAAUAUUCUUGCAGCAUUUUCGCUUUAAAACAAUCAAUUUAAAUCAGAAAUAUGCUUAAUUCUUACACAAAAAAAAUCAAUAUUAUGAUAUAAAUGUAAAAUUAUAGCAUUAAAUUAUAAUGAAAAAAAAGAAACUUUCGUUCUUAAACGAAAGAAAAGCUUAUUAAUAAAUCAGAUAACGAUUUGAAAAGAAACAAAAAAAUAUAAAAAUAAAUUUUUGUUGUAAAUUUAUCCACAUACAAAAUAAACAAAGAUGUACUUUAAAAUUUAAACUUAAAAACAAAAUGUAUGUAACAUUAUUCGCCCCCUUAACUAGCAUUUAAAAUUAAAUCAAAAAUUUAGAAUGUUUUAUUGGAAAAUGGAUGUGGAUUGGUAGAUUAAUCGUAAAUGGAUAUUUAUGUGUUUUGUUGUUUUUUUAUUUGGUUUUGUUUCGUACUUCCCCAAGCGUAAUUUUAAUAAUUGUGAAUCUUUCAAUUUUAUGUGUUAAAAUUGUUUAUUAUUUUACUUUUAUUUCGUAUGUAAUUAAAUGUGUAGUUUUCCUUGAAAAUAAUUAAGGAAAAAUAGAACUGCUGGGACAUUGUGCAAUGUCAAGUUUAUACUUUUUGUUUAUUAGAUUUUAGUCGCGCAAUUUUGUCAAUGAAAAAAAAAAUGAAAAAAAGAUAUUUUGGAAGAAAGAAAAACUUUUUAUAAAAACGCUGCCCCGUGUUUAUAUUGUGAUAUUAAGAAAUAAAAUAAAAAUUAUAAUUUUCGUUCUCGUUUCUUUACGAAUAAAAUAA